AUGCCCAAGACUGUCGAGACCGUCGAUCUUUCCAACACCGCCAGCGCGUACUAUGCGCCAGCAACCAUUGCCCCCACGGGCAAGCUGAUCCAUGUCGCUGGCCAGCCCGGAAGCACCAAGAACGGCCUCGUGCCUUCAGACUACGAGUCGCAGAUCCAUCUCGCUCUCCUCAACCUUCGCAAGAUCGUCAUCGCUUCGGGCUCUUCAAUCAAGCACAUUGUGAAGCUCAACCUCUUGAUCGUCAACUACGACGCAGACAAUCGAAAGCAUACUCGUCAUGUUCAGCGAUUCCUCGGCGGUCACCGGCCAGCUAUCACACUGAUCCCUGUCCCCAAACUGGCGGUUCCCUCCUGGCUGUUCGAGAUUGACGCUGUGCUCGCCGUGCCAGAGCCAUCACUUCCUCCAGUCCUUUCCAGCGUCAACGAGACCGCCGAUGUGCUUAUUGUCGGGGCUGGUCUGGCCGGCCUUUCCGCUGCUCACGAUCUCAUACGGGCCGGUCUGUCCUGCGUUGUUCUAGAGGCGCGCGAUCGUGUUGGAGGAAAGACAUGGAGCACGCCACUUAAGGAUGGCAAGGGUGUCGUGGAUCUGGGUGCUGCAUGGAUCAAUGACACCAACCAGAGCAAGGUCUAUGCUUUGGCGAAGCGCUACGGCGUCGAACUGAUUGAACAGAACACGCAAGGCAAUGCUGUUUUGCAGGACUUUGAUGGCAACUGCUCUCCUUUUGCUUAUGGUGAGCUGCCUAACUUCGACAAGGCCACCCAAGUACAUCUAGCACAAGUCCGCGACAUGUGCGAGGCCGACUGUCAAGCCCUCGACACUUGGAGACCCAGAGAUACCGACCUUGACGCCGUUACAUUCGAGGCUUAUUUACGUUCUCGCGGGGCUAGCGAGGCGGCUCUCGCCACGGCCACCGUCUGGACCCGUGCCAUGCUCGGCCAGGACCCCAGGGACAUCUCGGCCCUGUACUUCCUGAAUUACUGCAAGUCUGGUGGUGGUCUAUUGCAAAUGCGAUCUGACCGAAAACACGGUGGCCAGUAUCUGCGUGUUCGUCAAGGUACCCAGGCAUUCUCUUUGGGUCUCGCAUCUUCCUUACCGGAGGGUGUUGUCCGUCUAUCCAGUCCCGUCCACUCGAUUAUCCAGAACGCCGACCAGUCUGUCAAGGUCCAAGCUGGAGGCGCCGUCUAUGCCGCCCGUAAGGUAAUCAUCACAACACCUAGUCCGGCCAUGAAGAGCAUUGCCUUCCACCCCAAACUACCGCCCGCCAAGCAAGCAUGGAUCGACUCCACCACCUACGGAUACUACACCAAGGCGAUGAUGGAAUUCCGCUCCCCCUUCUGGGUCGAGAAGGGGUUCUGCGGGCUUGCUCAAUCGUUCACCGGACCUGCCGGUGUUAUUCGGGACACCAGCAGUCCCGAAGACCGCAAAUAUAUCCUGACAUGUUUUAUGGGAGGGGAUCCCGGUCGGGCUUGGGCGGCGCUGUCCACCAAAGAGCGUGAGCAAAACCUGCUGCUGCAAAUAGGAAAGCUCUUUAAUACGCCGGAUAUCGAAAACCUGUUCGUGCAGAUGACUACAUAUGAGUGGGUCAAUGAUGAGUGGGCUGGCUGGGGCUGUCCAUGCACUGCCCUUACCCCUGGUGUUCUGGAUACACUGGGUCCUGAUGCCCUGAGGGAGAGUUCUGGGAACCUGCACUUUGCGGGUACGGAGACGGCUGGGGAGUGGAAGGGGUAUAUGGAGGGCGCGAUUCGUAGUGGAGAGCGUGCUGCGGCGGAGGUUCUUAAGAGUGUCAAUGGGGGUAUCUCUUCGCGCCUCUAG